AACUUCACAAACCGCGGGAACCCUCAUUCCUUUGUCAGUGUUCACUGUUUGCUUCUCGCUUAGAUCAAGAUCAUCAACAUACUCUUGUAGCAGUUAAUUAUAUACACUGAUAUAAUUGGUGAGAUAUGGACAAAUCUUGCUCUCUGCUUGUUUAUUUUAAUAAAAGGACGUCUGCUCUUUUUAAUGAAAUCAAGGAAGCUUUAGAAGGGCAUGAUGUGGAAGCAAAAGUUGACGCGAUGAAGAAAGCUAUUAUGCUUUUGCUCAACGGUGAAACGCUGCCACAGCUUUUUAUAACAAUUGUUAGAUAUGUUUUACCUUCUGAGGACCACACAGUUCAGAAACUACUGCUUCUUUAUCUUGAAAUCAUUGACAAGACUGAUGCCAAAGGCCGUGUCUUGCCUGAAAUGAUUUUGAUUUGCCAAAAGUUGAGGAAUAAUUUGCAGCAUCCAAAUGAUUACAUACGGGGUGUCACUUUGAGGUUUCUUUGUCGCUUGAAUGAGGCUGAGAUUAUUGAGCCAUUGAUUCAUUCUGUUUUAGUUAAUCUGGAGCAUCGACACCAGUUUAUUCGAAGGAAUGCAAUUCUUGCAGUAAUGGCCAUUUACAAACUUCCACAGGGUGAACAGCUCCUGGUUGAUGCUCCAGAAAUGAUUGAGAAGGUUUUGUCAACCGAGCAGGACCUAUCAGCCAAGAGGAAUGCAUUUCUUAUGCUUUUUAAUUGUGCACAGGAUCGUGCCAUUAAUUAUCUUCUGACCCAUGUCGAUAAAGUAUCUGACUGGGGGGAGCUGCUACAGAUGGUUGUGUUGGAACUGAUUCGGGAAGUAUGCAGAAAAAAUAAGGGAGAGAAAGGAAGGUAUAUAAAGAUCAUUAUAUCUCUACUUAAUGUUCCUUCUGCUGCUGUUAAAUAUGAAUGCGCUGGAACACUUGUGUCUUUGUCAUCUGCACCUACAGCAAUCAGGGCUGCCGCCACUACCUAUUGCCAACUUCUUUUGUCUCAGAGUGAGAACAAUGUCAAACUUAUAGUGCUUGAUCGCCUUAAUGAACUUAAAUCUUCUCCCAGGGAGAGUAUGGUUGAAUUGGUUAUGGAUGUGCUUAGAGCACUCUCUAUCCCAAACCCGGACAUUCGAAGAAAAACACUUGAUAUUGUUCUUGAAUUAAUUACUCCUAGAAAUAUCAAUGAGGUUGUUCUCACUUUGAAGAAGGAAGUCGUGAAAACUCAAGGUGGGGAUCUUGAGAAGAAUGGAGAGUCACGCCAAAUGUUUAUUCAAGCCAUUCAUUAUUGUGCAAUAAAGAUUCCAGAAGUGGCAAGCACUGUUGUUCAUCUAUUGAUGGACUUCUUGGGAGACAAUGUUGUUUCUGCUAUGGAUGUUGCUGUUUGUCUGCGGGAAAUAAUCGAAACCAACCCAAAAUUGAGGUCUCCUAUCGUAAAAAGGUUGUUUAAAUUAUCAAAACCAACCCAAAAUUGCUUCUGCUAGGUGUUUGUGUGCGAGAAAUAAUCAAAAUGAUGAAGAUCAAUGGUUUUUAAGGAUAUCU